GGACAGGAGGACAGGAGGGUGAGGUCGUGUGUGAUCAGUUUGGCGUGUUUCCGCAGAGUUCGAUUCGGGCUUUGGGUUUGUGCCUUUGGGCAUUGUUCGGCGUGGUGUUUGGCUUGGUUUAGGUAGGUAGGUGGGUUUAGGUCAAGCUAUCGCGUCCUUUUUGUAGUUCGGAGUAUUAGCGGACUGAUCAGGGAGGGUAGGGCAAGCGCGCGCAAGCCGACGGCGGAUGGGCGAGCUAGGGCACGGAAAGGCAAAGGGAAAGGGAAAGGGAAAGGGAAAGGGAAAGGGAAAGGGAAAGGGAAAGGGAAAGGGAAAGGGAAGGUGAAAGUGAAGGUGAAGGUGAAGGUGAAGGUAAACAAGGGGGACAAGAAGUCGGGAGAAGGCCAGACAGGCGCGUUGCCAGGUUUCGGACAAAGCCGAGGACGGUGGCAAAGCCCAGGCGGCAUUUGGGAAGAACACCCCUCCCCCCCACCCUAACCCCCGUUAGCGCCUACCAAACGCAUCAUCCCCCUCUUCCUCCUGGGUCAAACCCCGCCGAUCGCCAACUGCCAACUGCAACUGCAGCUAAGACGUAAAACUCGGUCCUAGUUCUUCCACGACAGCUAGGACGACUGAGAUGUCAUCAUUCUUCCCCCCUCUCCAAAUCCUCCCCGCCUCCCUAGCUCUGUACUCAAAUGGUGUCCCCCUCCCCCCUCCCCCCGCACCAGCACCAGCGGGCCCCACACCCCCGGAAGGCUCGAGUUUCCUCCGAAGAGCAGUUGUCUUAGCCCGUUCUACGAGUUGGUCACAUACUUGUUGGAUCUGGCGCGAGCGGAGGGCUGUUGUCGUGGAUGUCAGUCCUCCUCCUCCUGCCCCUGCCCCUGCUACCACUCCUCCUGCCGCUGCCGCUGCUGCUACACCUGCAGAUGGUCGCGCCCCCGCCCCCUCCCCCCCAACCCUCCCAAGACCUCCAAAAUCUCAUCAUCCCAAAGGUUAUCCGUCACCCCAUCCGAGGAGAGGAGUAUGAUGUCCCAAGGCUGGAGGGGGAUCGUGUAUGUGAGGAUUUCGGGGUUGGGGCGGGGGGCUGGGGCUGGGGUUGGGGAGGCGCUUGGGGGUGGGGAGGCGCUUGGGCUUGUGGAUGGGGCUGGGGCGCUUAAGGAAGUGGAAGCGGAUGUAGUCAGGACAGAGGCCGGCAAAAGAGUCGCAGUCGGAGUCACAGUCGGAGCGAACAGCCUAGAAGAGGAAGAGGUAGACAGGCUCCGCCCCAGCGCCGUGGCCGAUGCCGAUACCGGUGCCGGUGCCGUUGCCGUUGCCGGUAGCGGUAGCGCAGAUGGAUAUUGUUGAGUGUGCAAAUGACGAUACUGUUGCUGUCCCUGUGGCUGUUGUGGUUUUGGUUGUUGCUGUUCCUGCAGCUGGUGCUGUUGGUGCUGGUGCUGGUACUGGUGAGCGCUCCU